UGCACCUUUAAUCUCGUCGCAACGAGAUCUUUCGAGAUCUUCUCCGCCCCCGCUACCGGUGCUCCUUCUACGGCCGCUGAGCCGAAGCCGCCGUGCGCGGUGUCCUCCGCAACAGUCUCUCCCUACUGAAGACUAGGUGCUCGGGUGGACAGUCACACGUCCCCCACUAGCCCCGGUCUCCCCCCUCCAGGCCCACGCCGCCCGUUCUUCCACGCACCAGCCCCGCCGGGGGUCCGUGUCCUGUCUCGCCGGCCGGACCCGGGCUCGAGCCCGAGCUGUAGCCGGCGCCAUGUCGGUGGUGGGCAUAGACCUGGGCUUUCAGAGCUGCUACGUCGCAGUGGCCCGCGCCGGCGGCAUCGAGACCAUCGCUAAUGAGUACAGCGACCGCUGCACGCCGGCAUGUAUUUCUUUUGGUCCUAAGAAUCGUUCAAUUGGAGCAGCAGCUAAAAGCCAGGUAAUUUCCAAUGCAAAGAACACAGUUCAAGGAUUUAAGAGAUUCCAUGGCCGAGCAUUCUCUGAUCCAUUUGUGGAGGCAGAAAAAUCUAACCUUGCAUAUGAUAUCGUGCAGUUACCCACAGGAUUAACAGGAAUAAAGGUAAAAUAUAUGGAGGAAGAAAGAAGUUUUACUACGGAGCAAGUAACUGCCAUGCUUUUGUCCAAACUGAAGGAGACAGCAGAAAGUGUUCUUAAGAAGCCUGUUGUGGACUGUGUUGUUUCUGUACCUAGUUUCUAUACUGAUGCGGAAAGAAGAUCAGUGAUGGAUGCAACACAGAUAGCUGGUCUUAAUUGUUUGCGAUUAAUGAAUGAAACUACUGCAGUUGCUCUUGCAUAUGGAAUAUAUAAGCAAGAUCUUCCUGCCUUAGAAGAGAAGCCGAGAAAUGUAGUUUUCGUAGACAUGGGACAUUCUGCAUACCAAGUUUCUGUAUGUGCAUUUAACAGAGGAAAGCUUAAAGUUCUGGCCACUGCAUUUGACACAACACUGGGAGGCAGAAAAUUUGAUGAGGUGUUGGUAAAUCACUUCUGUGAAGAAUUUGGAAAGAAAUACAAGCUAGACAUAAAAUCCAAGAUCCGUGCUCUAUUACGACUGUCUCAGGAGUGUGAGAAACUCAAGAAAUUGAUGAGUGCAAAUGCUUCAGACCUUCCUAUGAACAUUGAAUGUUUUAUGAAUGAUGUUGAUGUAUCUGGAACAAUGAAUAGAGGCAAGUUUCUGGAGAUGUGUGAUGAUCUGUUAGCUAGAGUGGAGCCACCACUUCGUAGUGUUUUGGAACAAUCCAAGUUAAGGAAAGAAGAUAUUUAUGCAGUGGAAAUUGUUGGUGGUGCCACACGAAUCCCUGCAGUGAAAGAAAGGAUCAAUAAAUUCUUUGGUAAAGAACUUAGUACAACACUGAAUGCUGAUGAAGCUGUUACUCGAGGUUGUGCAUUGCAGUGUGCAAUCUUAUCGCCUGCUUUCAAAGUCAGAGAAUUUUCUAUUACUGAUGUAGUACCAUAUCCUAUAUCUCUAAGAUGGAAUUCUCCAGCUGAAGAAAGCUCAAGUGACUGUGAAGUAUUUGUAAAAAAUCAUUGUGCUCCUUUCUCUAAAGUACUCACAUUUUAUAGAAAGGAACCUUUUACUCUUGAAGCCUAUUAUAGCUCUCCUCGGGAUCUGCCCUAUCCAGAUCCUGCUAUAGCUCAGUUUUCUGUUCAGAAAGUCACUCCUCAGUCUGAUGGUUCCAGUUCAAAAGUGAAAGUCAAGGUUCGAGUAAAUGUUCAUGGCAUCUUCAGUGUGUCCAGUGCAUCUUUAGUGGAAGUGCACAAGUUUGAGGAAAAUGAAGAACCGAUGGAAACAGAUCAGAAUGCAAAGGAAGAAGAGAAAAUGCAAGUGGACCAGGAGGAACCACAUGUUGAAGAGCAACAGCAGCAGACACCAGCAGAAAAUAAAACAGAGUCUGAAGAAAUGGAGACUUCUCAAGCUGGGUCAAAAGACAAAAAGAUGGACCAACCUCCUCAAGCCAAGAAAGCAAAAGUAAAGACCAAUACUGUGGACCUGCCAAUUGAGAACCAGCUACUAUGGCAGAUUGAUAGAGAGAUGCUCAACUUGUACAUUGAAAAUGAGGGUAAGAUGAUCAUGCAGGAUAAACUGGAAAAGGAGAGGAAUGAUGCAAAGAAUGCAGUAGAAGAAUAUGUGUAUGAAAUGAGAGAUAAGCUUAGUGGUGAAUAUGAGAAGUUUGUGAAUGAAGAUGAUCGUAACAGUUUUACCAUAAAACUUGAAGAUACUGAGAAUUGGUUGUAUGAGGACGGGGAAGAUCAGCCAAAGCAAGUUUAUGUUGAUAAGUUGGCUGAAUUAAAAAAUCUAGGCCAGCCUAUUAAGAUGCGAUUCCAGGAAUCUGAAGAAAGACCAAAGUUAUUUGAAGAACUAGGGAAACAAAUCCAACAGUAUAUGAAAAUAAUCAGCGCUUUCAAAAACAAGGAGGACCAGUAUGAGCAUUUGGAUGCUUCUGACAUGGUGAAGGUAGAAAAAAGCACAAAUGAGGCCAUGGAAUGGAUGAAUAACAAGCUGAAUCUGCAGAACAAGCAGAGUCUGACAGUGGAUCCAGUUGUCAAGGCAAAAGAUAUUGAAGCUAAAAUUAAGGAACUGACAAGUAUUUGUAGCCCUAUAAUUUCAAAGCCCAAACCUAAAGUGGAACCACCAAAAGAAGAGCAAAAAAAUACAGAGCAAAAUGGACCAGUGGAUGGACAAGGAGACAACCCAGGCCCUCAGGCUGCUGAUCAGGGUGCAGAAACGGCUGUGCCUUCGGAUUCAGACAAGAAGCUUCCUGAAAUGGACAUUGAUUGAUUCCACCAAUCGUUUAUAUUAAAACAGACUAUUAUAAAGCUUUAAGUUGUCAACUUUGUUCUGAAUAUCAACUAGAGCAAUCAAAUACUGGAGAUUUCUUAGUCAGUUUUUAGGGGGCUUUGGGGCAGGGGAUAUAAGUAAUGUAUGGAGCAUUUUGACUUCUAAAUAGUUAGAUACAGAAAUUUAAGUGCAUUGUAUCUUUUUCAUAAUGGUACUAUUUAGAAGCCCAGUUAGUCUUAUGAGCUUAUGCUUCACUCCUUUUAUGUUUAAUCAUGCUUUUACAAGAAUAAGUUUGAUUUUGGAAAGUUGAGCUAUAGCAGAAGCUUUAACUAGCUAUCAAACAGAUUUUUUUUUUGUUAUGACCUAUAUGACAAGUACUCUAAAUUGUGCUUCAAAAAAAAAAAAAAAAAAAUCUGUUGUGGAGAUUGCCACAGAAACCCCCUGCCUGGUUUGGGGAUGGGUGUGGGGUCUCUAAAUCUGAGGGCUAGAGCAUGGCAUAGCAUGGAUUAACAUAGCAGAACACCAGAGGAAUGUUCUGAGCUUCUUCACAUUGCACUCCCACUCCACUUCUGUUCCUACCCCGUCUUCUCAAACUAAAGGAGCUCCCAUUACAACUACUUUGAGCUGCUCUUGGGAAAUUACACCGCUUUACCUGAAGCAAGUUACCUGGGUUUUAGACCUGGAGGUUGUUCCUGAGGAAGUAUGCUCACAAACCAACUUUCAACAGUCUAAAUAACCGACUAUUUGAAAAGGUGGAAUUGGAUAGAUGUAGUCUUGGGUACAGAUAUUUAACCAAGGAAUUGGUUCUUGUUAAUUAUGGUGCAAAGACCUAUAUCUUGGCCUGCUUCUCAGGUGAGAGAUAUUCUGUAUAAUUUUGAGACUUAGCUUAAAGUCCUCGGACAAGAAGUAGAAGUCAUUCACAGUCACAUUUGUUAAGUGUUAAUAUCUGUCAUGAAUCUGCCAAUUUGUAUGUGUUAAACAACUGACAGAUCAUACUCAAAAGAUAACUGCAUUUUACUGAAUGAGUUUGAAUUUAGUGUUAAAGAGCCUGACAUUAGCAACACUUCACUUACCCCCCUCCUGCAUCCACUGUUAGCACCAAUUCAUUCCCUUUAACUGUUCUGUGGGGCGGGCAGUGUGUUGUUAGUGAGCUAUUUUGGAAACCCCCAAGGAAAAGCUUGUAUUCAAAGCUGGAGCUGGUACCUGCCUUAGAAACUGUUAAAGCUUUGUUAAAAUUUGGUUCUUUGUAACAAUUGUUCUUUGUGACAGAGUACAUCUCUGUUAAUUUUGACCUGUGUUGUUAGAAAUAAGAUUAUAUCUUGCAUAUCUAGAAUAAGUUAUGGUCCACCUCUGCACUAAAAAAGUUGUUAGCAUAUUAAUUUUAUCUCUAAAGUUACAGAAACACACGGCUUAGAGAGGAAGAACUUGGAAUUAUAUUUAUUUAUGUUGGUGCGUAUGCUUCCAUGAGGUCCUUGUGGCACCAGGGACUUGCCUUUGUUCUCAGAGCACCCUCCAUCCAUUUUCUCUGUGUCAGGGGGCAGGAGUUCCAGCUGACCUGCCUUGAUGCCUAUAGCCUAGGUGUGCAGACUGCAGGAUUAAGCCCCUUAUGCAACUGAUUCAGUCCUUACUGGCCAUUUUUUUUUAUGUGUGUGUGUGUGGGGAGGGUGUGGGUGUUGGGAUGGGGUGAAUUUGGAAUUUAAAGUUUAAAUUAGAAACAAGAGGUUAUGGACUAUUUGUUCUCUGUUUAGACAGGCUUUAAGACCAAUUAGUUGCCAGGCCAGAGAGUGUAUGACUUGAUGACUUAUGUGCAGACAAGCAUCUACCCAGGCUGUGCUAUCCCUAUUGGUUUGUUAAGAGUUCCAGGUUACAUUCUUCCACUAAGAAAAAGUUCAGUAAACACGAAACCAAUUUAGGAAACAUUAAUAAAAGAAAGUUGUCUUACACUCAAA